AUGGAAAACUCCAAGUACUUGUUUCUUCAAAUUGCAUGCUUCAUCCUCUUGUUAUCCUUGUCUCCUUCAUAUGCUCACAACAAGAGCCAUGAAAGCACGCCACCUCCUACUGGUUCCCAAGCAAAAGUUGAUUUCAAAGGUUGCUUCAAUAAGGUUUAUGCUUUCGGCGAUUCAGACACAGACACUGGAAAUGCUCACAACUUGGGUGAUCUCAAAUCCUUCAUUGGCACUUUAUUCUCUCAUGCUUGGUCCCCAUAUUGCUCAUCAGAGAAUUCAAAGUUAUCUGGUUAUCGACUAUCUAAUGGCCGCUUAGUCAUUGACUUCCUAUGUGAAGCUCUCAACAUACCCCACUUGUCAGCCUAUAAAGGCUCUUCCGCAAACUUCUCAGGUGGUGCAAACUUUGCAGUAGCCGGAUCAACGGCUCUUUCAAGUAAUCUCUUCAGUCAUUUCAAUUUCAGUAAUCCCCUUAUGUGGAAACCAAAUCCAGAGAGUAUCUUAACUCAAAUUGAUUGGUUCCAUAACUUUGUUGGGGAGAGAGAAUGCCAGGGAAAAGAUGAGGCUACAUGCAAAUCAGAGCUUGGGAAUGCUCUCUUUUGGAUAGGUCAGAUUGGUGGCAAUGACUAUGCUCGUCUUUUUGCCUCUUCCAUUGGCCUUGCUAUUGCCAAUAAGCAAUUCACUGAGCAAGCUGUUAAUCACAUCUGCACACUUGCAUUGGGGCUAUUGGACAAGGGUGCAAAGUUCCUUGUGGUUCAAGGGCUACCACCAAUAGGGUGCCUUCCAUUGCAAUUAGCAACAUCUCCCUCAAAUGAUCGUGAUCAAAAUGGGUGUUCAGCGAGUGCCAACUUGGUGAACACUAGUGUUGGACGCAUUGCUCGACGCCAGGCUAAGAUGGGUGGUUAUACCAUGCCUUCCACUCUUGUGGCCCCUGCGGAUAAGAGUGAUGCUGAUGAUGCUAAUGAUGAUGAUGAUGCUGAUUCUGAUGAUGAGGAUGAUGGCAAUGCUAGCUCACCCAGCGAUGACGAGAUGUCUACUUGA